AUGGAAACCUGGCAGCCCUCGGCAAGCGGGGCCGGCGAGCGCGCGCGCCGCCGCCGCCUGCCGCCCGCGGCCCCCGACCGCCCCGCGCCGCGCGGGGGCGCGGACUCCGGCUGCGGCGCCUCCCCCACCCCGGCCCUCCCGCCCGCGUCUCCCGAGCUCCUCCCCUCCGCUCUCCGCCCCCCACCCGCCCCCGGUCCACGCUCUGCUGCGGGCUGUUCUCCCGGGUCUGGGCUCACAUCUCCCCUGCGCGCCUUUUGCCCCCCACCCCGCAGAUCCGCAGGCCUCUGGAGACCUUGGGUUGAUGCCAGAGGCGACGGGGAGGAGGGGGCGAGGCACCACGCGGCGGAGGCGAUUCCGGAUGGCCCCGGGAUGACCGAAGCCGCAGGAAAGCUUUCCCAAUACAGACACCCAGUCAGACUAUUUUGGCCCAAAUCAAAGUGUUAUGAUUACUUAUAUCAAGAAGCAGAAGCUCUUCUGAAAAAUUUUCCAAUUCAAGCCACAAUUUCAUUUUAUGAAGAUUCUGAUAGUGAAGAUGAAAUUGAGGAGCUGAUCUGUGAAAAUUAAUCUGAUUAGUUACUUUUGAUGACAUUAAAAGCUUAUAGAAUUUAAAUUUAGUGUA